GCGGGCUUUGGAGGAGCUGGAUUACACGGAAGAUGAGAAGGAGAUCAUCUAUACUGCGCUCCAAGGGUUGGAUCAAGCGGCUAAUGAGGCAUUACUACAGUACCUUCACCUCGAGCAACAGAAAUGGACCAAGGUGUGGAUUUGGGAGGUUCUAAUUUCUGAUGAGGCUCGCAAGGUUGAUGCUGGAAGAGGUCUAGAAGGAGGCAUGGGUGCAGCAGAUAAAGCUUCCUUCAGGAAAGGCUAUCAACAGCAAGGAGGUGGGGGGAAGAAGAAAGAGUUGGACAAAUGCCUUGUGCCCGGAUGCAACAAAAAACACUCUUGGAAGAGUUGCUGGAGUAGGCCUGAGGGAUGGAAGCCUCACGGCUACUCUGGAGAGGCACCACCAGUGACCAAACCUGAUUGGGUGGAGAAAAGGAUGAAGAAGGGGCUCUGGAAUAAGAAGGGCAGCAAGGGAGCAACGGCCGCAGCUGCUAAGGAUGAGAAGGGGAAGGGCCAAGACGACUCCUCCGAUGAUGGUUUCUCGUUUCUCAUGCUAGGGCAGGAUGCAGCUCUCGCUGGUCGUGCAUUGGCUGAUCCCAACUUCCUGGUUCUAGACUCUGGAGGAACAUCUGGGAUGCUUCCUCGCCGUGAUCUCUUCACCUCCUACCAUCCUCUCCCACCAAAUUCGAGGAACGUGAUUGUUGGGAGCGGAGAUUUGCUGCAAGCAAUUGGCAUCGGCACGAUCAUCAUUAAGGGGAAGGAGGGGGAGCUAGUGGGUGUGAAGGGGGUCCUUCACGUCCCUGGUUUGGCUGCAAACCUCCUUUCAUGCUCGCAGCUGGCUAAACAGGGAUACAUCUGCACUUUCACUGAGGGAGGGUGUACUGUUAGAAAGGGUGAAGCUGUGGUGAUGGAGGCAAAGCUGGACAAGGGUUUAUACCUUGUUCCAGCUUGUGUGCCUAAUUGUUACAAGGCACAUAUGGUUUUUUAUGAGGAAGCCGCUUGUAGCACUCGCUGGAGGCAGGUGGAAACGGUGUCACCUGAGUUGCUACACCUUCGCAUGGGGCACGCGGGGAAGCAGCAACUGCUGGAGUGUGUGAAGAAGGGGGAGCUGAAGGGGGUGGAGGUCAAGGAAGGAGCUGGGCAGCAGAGCAAAUGUCCCGACUGCACGUCUGGAAAGCUGCCUAGAACCUCAUUCCCUAUCUCCUCUGAUCAUGCCUCGACUCCCCUUGAGCUGGUGCACACGGAUGUGUGUGGACCGAUGCAAACUCCUGACCGGGAAAAGGGCAACAGAUACUUUGUCACCUUUCUUGAUGACUUCAGUCGACUUAGCUGGGUCAUCUUGGUGAAGACCAAGGAUGAGGUGGCAAAGGUGUUUAGGCGGUGGAUACGCUAUGUGGAGAGGGAGUCAGGGGCCAAGGUGAAGGUGUUAAGGUCAGAUCGGGGUGGAGAGUACCUUGGGAAAGAACUUCAAACCUUCUUGGAAGAAAAGGGUAUUACCCACCAGCUCUCUGUACCUUACACGCCGCAGCAAAAUGGGGCAGCGGAGCGGCUUAACAGGACCUUGACCGAUUUGGCUCGGGCCAUCCUUUCCCAUGCCGAGCUUGAUAACACUUGGUGGGGGGCAGCAGUGCAGUAUGCCAACUGGGUGAAGAACAGGAUGGGCAGCAAGGGGCUUGGAGGCAAGAGCCCAUACUCCUUAUGGACAGGGAAGGUGCCGAAUGUUUCCUUGGCACGAGUGUGGGGGUGCAUGGCACAGUAUAAGGUACCUGACCAGCAAAGGAGGAAGCUAGAUCCUAAGGCACAGUGAGGGAUCUUCCUUGGGGUUUCUGAGAGGAGCAAGGCUUGGGUGCUGUGGAGUGUAGCUGACCAGCGUGUGAUGGAGAGCCGUGAUGUGGUUUUCCAUGAGGGGCUGAAUUUUAAGGGGUGGAAGGAGCAUGGUACAAGCCAAAGUGGGAC